CGGACGUCCAAAAGAGGUGUUCUAACGUUUGGGCUUAUGGUUCUGUGUGAAACGAAACGAAAUGCUCUCGAGUACAAUGGUUACGGGUGUUAUUGCGGACAAGGAGGAGAGGGAACACCCGUGGACGAGAUUGACUGGUAAAUACCCAUGUCAUAAUACACGAGGUCUGUAAGGGUGGGGGGGGGCGCUCCUAGCCCUGCAGUUCCGUUCGAACUUCUGUCGUCUCUAUUCCGAAUACCGUUGUAUUUCCCAAUACCUUAUUCGGUUCCAAGAGUUUGGCGAAUCCCGCUUCCUGGGUAGCGGUCAAAUCCCGUAUCCUGCAAUUUAUUUCGGUCAAAUCCCGGAUCUCGAGAAUACCAAUCCAGACCCCGAUUGCAGUCGUAUUUUGCCUCUACAAUAAGGCUAUCAUUUAGAGGUGGAGAUGACAUGUAAUAAAUACAUCUUUUUACACAACUAAAAUAGACGGCUAAUGACUAAAAUCAUACUUUUAUAUUGCUGUAAUGGGGGUCUAACAUUUCCAAAGUAUUGGACCUGCGGCAUCAAGCAAUUGUCUCGAAUGAUUCCGCUCAAACCCGUUAGGGGCACCCAACGUCAAUUUUCCGAAAUGUCUGUUCGGAAGACGAUUUGAGAUCUAGAAUUUUCGGAACAUUUGUUGUAAAAUUUUUUCCUUGCCUGCCUCUCCUAGCAUUUUUGAUCAUCUAAAAAAUGUUGCAAUUGCCUAAUUGCACAUUUUUAACGGAUUUUAAAUGUCACCUAGAAUUUUCUGGAGCCUUUUUUCCGGCUGAAAAUUUCGAAAAGGCAAGUUUUCAUAUCUAUAAUUUUCGGAUCGCUAGACUUUCAGCUAGGAAAUCCGAACAGAUGAAAAAUUUUUAAGGGAUAAAAAUAUGUCUAUGUCUACAGUUUAAAUACUAAGAUACUUUUAACAAUGUUAUGUUUAAGCCGGUUUUGAACUACGUUAUCGUCGGGUGCCCCUGACCCGUGCAAUCAAGAUUGAGAACAGAUUUGAUGUGCUCCGAAGAAUUUGCCCUCAAAAAGAAAAGGUUAUAUAUAAAAAAAUGUUUUCAAAGACACAACGGAUAAUGUCAAGCAGCUGUGAUUAAAAAAAGUUAGUUAUAGCUUACAAAAAAUCUUACCUGGCAAAAUCCUCACAUUUUAUAUUAUGUACUUCAACAGGUUUACAGGUUUAUGAAACAAACCUAAUAAAAACUUUUCCUACUGAAGUAUCGGAUGGCCUCAAAGCUAUAAUCGCGAGAUAAUUUAUCUUUACGUUUUUCGUAUACAGUUAACUGUGUUGAGUAAUUGUUAUCUUGUGAAAAUCUACUAAUUAAUUUUUCAGUCGUGUAAUAAAUCUCCUGUAAUGAAGCUUUCUCAAGACCGUUCAGGGAAAAUAUCCACCCCCCCUUUUCCUUGUAAGGACCUCGCUGGGGUUGGUCUGUUCUGUCAAGACCUUACAUUGGGACAAAAUUCUACCAGUAAGGUCCUUGCACUUUGUUGAUAACAUAUACAUACAAUCCUAUAACCCUUAUUUACGCGGGCUUUAACAGGUAAGGGGAGAGGAUGGCAUUCGUGUUCACGGUUUUCACAUUACGUAAUCGAAAUUGAUUGAUCAAUCCUCCUGAGUUUUUACCUUCAUAAAUUAUUAGAGCAGCUAAAAGAUAAAAUAUAUACAAUUUUUUUUUCGAAAGGGUUCCUCGUUUUGUGACAGAGAUAUGCUUGAAUUUCUAAGCUUUUGCGUGAAGCGAAAUUUACAUGGUGGGCGAGAAAGCUGUCACGGUAGGUUGAAAAAGUGACCUAUUUGGGAGAUGUUAUGCUGUGUUAAUAGUCAUUGUAUUAGAAAAAGUAAUACUUCAGUGUUUAUGAGUUCCUGUAGAGAUGAAUUCCCGCUUUAGUAGCAAAACUCAUCGACAGAUACUUCUGUUGGUUUCCUGGCGUCAUGUUGGUAUCCAUCCCGAUGGGCACCAACAUGACGUCUCCUUACAAAGCUCUAUAAAUUUCGGUAAAUCAUUUCUUCCAAUAUCCUGCAUAUGGAAAUUGCACUAACCUGAAUCUUGACGAGGGUCUUUGCAUACUUACCUUCUUCUAUUUCUCACAUACUGGACUUCAGUUAGUAAACGGUUUUAAUGGCUUGACAGUGAAAACCAGCAAUAAGUGUUUCUCAAAUUGCGACCAGGGGGUCUUUUUUUCAGAAUGUUGUUUACUAAUUCUUUUUGCAGGUGCUGUUAUGAGCACGACAUGUGUUAUCAUAAUUUGCAACAGAAAGAAGUUUGCGGCAAGUCCUAUCACAUUGUUCAGUUGUACUUAACUCCCUACCUACGGAAGGGGUGUUCUGGUUGUGGUAAGUACGCUCCUUGAUCUAAUUGUAAUAAAGCAGUAAAGUACAACAGAUGUGUGACAACAAGAAUAAUUUACUUCACCAAGAUGGCGGUCUUACAAAAAGUGACCUCACUACUUAUGGCUAUGAUAAUCACAGGACACCCAGCCAGUAUAUUACAUAUUAGUAAAAUCCAACUAGUGGUCUAUUAUCAAUGCUGCGUUCUGAUUGGUCGACCUACUACUAGGCUAUAUGUUAUAGCCCACUAGUAGCGAAAAGCGCCGGCUUUGAAACCAAAACAAUGGCGGUUGAAUCUUGUUUUGCAUGCUUAAGUUGUUUUGUCCCGAUAUUUUUGACCAACUAGUUGUAUUUUACUAAAACAAUUAUUCCUCUCGCCCUCAUGGCCGCUGAGUCAAUGCCCAUUCGGCGUUCGGUCUCAUGGGCUAUUGACUCACAGCUCGUUCGGGCUCAAAGAAUAAUUGUUAAACCACUGACAAUUAAUAAGACCCCGCAACCCCCUCGAAAAUGAAGAAAACAACAACAAUAACAAACAAAUAAACAAACAUAUAUGGCAACUGCCUUACAGUACAAAAUGAGUUGAACGUAUAGUGAAUCGAAUGCGCUUAUUUCGCACACAUCAGUUUCCAACCCUUAAUUUGAUGUAAUCAACCCACCCAAACUAAUAAACUUCUAACAAUCUUGUAUUGGCUUAAAUCUUAUAGAAUUUUGCAGCUCUUGCUUAUUUUAAUAAUACCACAGCAAUAAUUUAAAAUAAAAACAAUAAUCAGUAGCAUAAGACGUUAACUUUGUAAGUUUUGCCCUGAAAAUUUGACAUCAACAUGUUGUAUCAUAUGUUGUGGGGUGUAUGCAGUUUGCAAAAGUAAAACGCUCUUGUGGCUGCACAAGGAUAUAAGUCACGCCGCAAAUUAUGGCAGCGUGCAUAAUGUAGCUGUUUUUGCCGUAUUUUCGAACUUGAACAUUAUGUUUUCCUUUUUUUCUAUUGUAGAGGGAAGCCCUUGGAAUUCUUGCUUUCAGAAGAAGCUGUGCGAAUGUGAUGCCGAGGCUGCAAAAUGCUUUAAGAAGUACGAUUCAAAAUUCAAUGAGAAAAACAAGAACUAUCCGAAAUCAACGUGCAAAUGA